CUCAUUCUCGUCGGCGGCUUUGGUACCCGUCUGCGUCCUCUCACUCUCACUCUCCCCAAACCGCUGGUCGAGUUUGCCAACAAGCCCAUGAUUGAGCACCAGAUCGCUGCUCUUUCCGCUGCCGGUGUCACCAACAUUGUCCUCGCCUUCGAGCAACAAUACAACGUCAAGAUCGAUUUCUCCGUCGAGACCGAGCCCCUCGGCACCGCUGGACCUCUGAAGCUCGCCGAGAAGAUUCUCGCUAAGGACGACACUCCCUUCUUCGUGCUGAACUCGGACGUCAUCUGCGACUACCCCUUCAAGCAAUUGGCCGACUUCCACAAGGCUCACGGCGACGAGGGUACCAUCAUUGUCACAAAGGUCGAAGAGCCCUCCAAGUACGGUGUCGUUGUCCACAAGCCCAACCACGCCUCCCGCAUCGACCGCUUCGUCGAGAAGCCCAUCGAGUUUGUCGGUAACCGCAUCAACGCCGGAAUCUACAUCAUGAACACCAGCGUCCUCAAGCGCAUCGAGCUCCGCCCCACCUCGAUCGAGCAAGAGACUUUCCCUUCCAUGACCAAAGACGGACAAUUGCACUCGUUCGAUCUCGAGGGCUUCUGGAUGGAUGUUGGUCAGCCCAAGGAUUUCCUGUCAGGAACUUGCCUGUACCUCUCCUCCCUCGCCAGCAAGAAGAGCCCCGAGCUCACAUCGAACUCCGAAUCAUAUGUUCACGGCGGCAAUGUCAUGAUCGAUCCUUCAGCAAAGAUUGGAAACAACUGCAAGAUCGGUCCCAACGUCGUCAUUGGCCCCAACUGUGUUAUCGGUGAUGGUGUCAGACUUCAGCGCUGUGUUCUCCUCUCCAACUCCAAGGUCAAGGAGCACGCCUGGAUCAAGAGCACAAUUGUUGGCUGGAACAGCGUUGUCGGUCGCUGGGCUCGUCUCGAGAACAUUUGCGUUCUCGGUGAUGAUGUGACUGUCGGUGACGAGAUUUACGUCAACGGUGGAAGUGUCCUCCCUCACAAGAGCAUCAAGGCUAACGUCGACACNCCCUCGAUUAUCAUGUAA